UCGGGAAAGGUGAUUCACUUCCUGCAUUAGUCGGGUGUUUACCUGCUCUAAACACCACCGUGUGUUAGGGGAGAUUAUCAUCGAGACAAGGGUUACAACCCAUCCUAACAUCUGGAAUGGCUUCUCCUGGGGGUCGAGGAACCAUUAAGGAUAAAGCGGGUUUUAACGCAGGUGAAGACGCUGCUGCUUUACGGAAGGCCAUCGAAGGAUUCGGCACCAAUGAGAAGACUCUGAUUGACAUUCUGACUAAGAGGAGCAGCGCUCAGCGUCAGCAGAUCUGUAAAGCGUACCAGGACGCGACUGGAAAGUCUCUCGUGGACGCUCUGAAGGGAGACACUAAAGGAAACUUUGAGGACAUCCUGGUGGCUCUCGUCACCCCGCCGGGGCAGUUCGACAUGAAGGCAAUUAAAAAAGCAAUUAAAGGAGCUGGAACUACAGAGAGCACGCUGAUCGAGAUCCUCGCCUCCCGAUCCAACCAUCAGAUCAAAGCUCUGUCUGACGCAUACUUACAGGAGACGGGGAGAGCGCUGACUAACGAUCUGAAGUCGGAGGUGGGGGGAAAUUUUGGGAAAACUCUGACCACCCUGGCUGAGGGCAGAAGGGACGAGAGUAACAAUGUGGACGCUGCUAAAGCCAAAGCCGAUGCGAAGGUCCUGUACGAGGCCGGAGAGAAGAAAUGGGGGACGGACGAGAGCAAGUUCAUCGAUAUCCUCUGCCAGAGGAGCGUUCCUCAGCUCCGACAAACACUGGUGGAAUAUAAGAACCUGAGCGGGAAAACCCUGCAGCAGAGCAUCGAGAGCGAGAUGUCCGGGAAUUUAGAGGAAUUGUUAGUAGCCAUAGUGAAAUGUGCGAACAGCGUCCCGGCGUACAUGGCAGAGCUUCUCCAUAAGAGUUUGAAGGGCGCGGGCACUAACGAGGCCAUGCUGACUUGGAUCAUGGUCAGCCGCUCCGAGAUCGACAUGUUGGACAUCAAGGCCGAGUAUAAAAAACUGUUCGGCCGCUCCUUAUACUCCGAUAUCAAGUCCGACACAGCAGGAGAUUAUGAGAAAACACUGCUGGGGAUCUGUGGAGCGGAGGCCUGAGCUGGAGAUCCUCCUCGUCACCCUGAGAAACACAACACGCAGGAGCCGAGAUGAUCAAACCAGAACACGCCGCUGCUUCCUCGAUGCUCACGACUGUAUUCAUUUCUUUGCAUUUUUACUUACAGAGAUAUGAAAACUUUCGUCGUUAAUAAUUACAGAUACAGUAUGAAGUAUGAUCUAACACACUAAUUCCGAGAAAUAAAACGUAUUAAACCUAA